ACCGCCGCCGCCGCGUAGACGGCGCGGUCAGUACGUCAGCGUUUGCCGACGCGCGCGAAUGUUGGCGGGCGCACACCAUCAUCCGACGGGGGGCUGCUCUCACAUCGGACACAUCAUGCUGCACAUAAUAAAAUGCUGAUUAUUACCAAGAGUAACAAACCACAACAAAGAUGUUAAGCCCGAAAAUGCAGCGCAAUGUGCGCGUGAAUGAAAACCAACUGAUAAUGCUCUCCGAACGAGCCCACUACGACCACUCACAAGCCGGAUACCUCCACAAACGCUCAGCGGACAACAGCAAAUGGCAACUGCGGUGGUUCGUCCUUUACCAAAAUUUGCUGUUCUACUACGAUUCGGAGAGCUGCCAUCGGCCCAGCGGCGUCCUGCUCCUGGAGGGCUGCUAUUGCGAGCGGCUUAUAAGUCCUGGGAAUACUUCCAAGACUAAAGAUGGCGGCGAGAGACAGUAUUGUUUCGCGAUCUCAUACCGAAGAGAAAACCUCCGCCAAUACGACCUAAAAGCCCUCAACGAAACAGAAUGCAAAAAUUGGAUCGAAGCAAUCCGCGAAGCAAGUUUUAACAAACUGCUGCAACAAAAAGAAGAACUCGAACAAAAACACCUCCACCUGCUCCAGAUCGUCGAAUCCGAAAAAACCGCCAAAUGGCAGUACACUCAACAAUGCGAGGAGCUUGCAUCCGAGAUUAAAAAACUGCGCGCUGAACUGUUUGCACUCAAGCGCGAAUGGAAGCCGGCUCAGACCUAUCAGUCCACCAGCAGCUUAGUGUCCUCCAGCAAUGGCGCAUCAGCAUCCGGUUCCGCAGGCAUACCACGCCAACUGGAACACGACAGUCUCGAACUGCGUAAGAUCAAAAAGGUUCAGAGCUUCUUCCGCGGCUGGCUGUGUCGCCGGCGAUGGAAACAAAUCGUCGAACAAUAUAUCAAAUCACCUCAUGCGGAAAGCAUGCGCAAACGCAACAGUCUUGUAUUCCGCAUGGUGGAAGCCGAAGAGGAAUACAUGGAACAAAUGGAGGUGUUGGUAUCCUGUUUCUUCAGACCAUUCAAAAUGGCCGCAUCGAGUAAAAAACCACCGUGUACUCAUGAAGACGUCAACUCAAUCUUUCUAAACAGCGAAACUGUUUUAUUUCUUCAUCAAAUCUUCUUGAAAGGUUUAACUUCGAGGUUAGAAAGUUGGCCAACGUUGGUCCUGGGAGAUCUCUUCUCUAUGUUACUACCCAUGUUGAGUAUUUAUCAGGAAUACGUCAGGAACCAUCAUUAUUCUCUUCAGGUGUUGACAGAAUGUAAACAAUCAGCUCCUUUCUCACAAUUGUUGAAACGCUUGGAAAACAAACCGGUGUGUCAUGGUAGAUCUUUGGAACAAUUCCUAACCUAUCCGAUGCAUCAGGUACCACGGUAUAUUAUAACCCUACAUGAGUUGUUGGCUCAUACACCGCAUGAUCAUGUUGAACGGAAAAGUCUCCAGAAUGCAAGGCAACAAUUGGAGGAUUUAUCAAGGCAGAUGCAUGAUGAAGUCUCAGAAACAGAAAAUUUACGGAAGAAUUUAUCUGUGGAACGGAUGAUUGUUGAAGGGUGUGAUAUCCUCCUGGAUGUAAAUCAAGUCUUUGUCCGACAGGGGAGUUUAUUACAGUUGUCCAAUGAUAAACCAAGAGGGUCAAGGAGUAAGCUCAACUUUAAAAGUGAAAAGGAAGCUAUUAGACAAUGUUUUCUAUUUUCGAAUCAUUUGAUCAUCGCUACGAGGUCUUCUAAUGGGAAGUUACAUCUUGUUCCUGAUAUAGGAAAAAUACCCUUGGCAGAUGCUUUAUUAAUUGAAGAUCCCAGUGAAAAUCCUGAUGAUGACGUUUCGUCAGUUUGCUCAGUUUCCAGCCAAUCUUCAGGGAUCAGCGAGACAUCUCCCAACACUACGUAUUUUCACAAUCGGGAUUUUAAGUUGAUUGUUGAGUUAAAAACUGGAGGUGUUCAACGACAGUCUUGUGUGCAUUUACUAGCACCGAAUAUACAAGAGAAAGCCGCGUGGAUUUCCGAUAUAAGUCAGUGUUUGGAUAAUGUGCAGUUCAAUGAUAUGAUGAGACCCAAUAUGUCUGAGAAUAGUUCGAUCAGUUUACCGCAAUCGAUGAAGAAUGAUCCGAAAUUAUUCAAAGAUGAAGCUGAUAUCCGGUUUAGUAGGACUAUGAAUUCUUGUAAGGUACCACAGAUUCGUUAUGCCACACCGGAAAGAUUACUUCAAAGACUUACUGAUUUACGAUUUUUGUCUGUGGACUUCCUAAACACAUUCCUUCUCACAUAUCGAGUCUUCACCGACGGUGUGACUGUCCUGGAAGCUUUAAAGAGGGUUUUUUACAAUCCGGAAACAGACCCGCAGGGAUCCGUUGUGUCCCUAGAAGGAUUUGCUAAUAAAGACGAAAAUACUCUACAACUAUUCGAAGAUAGACGCAGAAGUAGUGUUAUGACCCCACGUAGAGUAAGUGGGGCGAGUUCCGUUUCCGGUUAUGGUUCCGAAAUGAGUGAAAGAGAUAGAUCUCAUAGUUAUGACUCACAAGGACAUCGACAUUGGAAGUCAAGUUUACACAAAUAUGAUGAAAAUGAAGAAACUGCAAGGAAACUGCCCCCACCAAUAAUAAAACAAAGUCCGACGAAAACAACUACUAGACAAUCAGAUAACGGUAAUGGUAAUCACAAAUCAAUCAGUAUUCGAGUCGCGGCUGAUGUGGAACCCAAUAAAGACAACACAUAUCUUGCUAUACCCAAAGUGGCAACUUCUAGUAGCAGUGAAACCCUUACAGAUGCGAGUAUUUUGAGUGCUCCUGGGUCUCCUAGUAAACUCAGCUCCAACACAAUCGUAGCUACAUCUCCUUCCGAAACAGUUGAAGACCUUUCUAACAAACCAGUGGUCCCACCAAGAGCUACUCAAGUAACAACUACUAUAACCCAAGUUGUGGGAACUUCCACAUCUUCUACAGUAACAGAUUCUCCAUCAAGAAGAUCUGAUUUAGUGGGUCAGAAGAGUAUUCCUCAAGCAUCGGUACAACCAAUGCCUAAACCAACCCGGAUGAGGUCAGAAAUGAGUGACAACGAAAGAAAAGCUAUUGUGAGAGCAGCUGAUAAGCGGGUUGUAGAAAGGGCUGUUUCUGAAGACGCAGAAGAUCACCCGGAUGAAUUGAAUUUCUUUUAUAACCCAGUCCAUAGGUCAUCUUGCGGGUCAUCAAGGUCUUCAUCAAUAACACCGUCCACAACAGCCGCAUUGCAGACCUACUAUGGUUCAAGGAAGUCUAUCCCUGAAGGGGAGGUUAGUGUUAGUGCCAGGUCUAGUUUCCAACAUGAUUCCCCACAGAAACCCAGCAAGGCUGGUGUGGUCAUAACCUCAUUCAGGCAAUCAAAACGAAGGAGUAGUACGUCAAGUGCAGCUGCCGCAUUCGCCAUAGCAACUUCCGGUUCAAGCAACCCCCGAGAUAUGUCACCCACAUCACAUCCAGAUACAAAACUAGGUGUUAUCCAACAACAGGAAGAAGAAACUCGUUAUAAAGAGAAUGUUAUCUCAACAGCCUGUACAAUGCGAGUCCUAAAUGUACUCAGACAUUGGAUAUCCAAACACGCGCAGGAUUUCCUAUGUGAUCAACGCCUGAAGAAUCUCACGAUUGAAUUCCUAGAUGACAUCAUCUACAGCCCCAAUCUACUACCAGCGGAGCACAAGGCCGCCGCGCAGCUGCUGCGCCUGCUGACGAAGGAAGACCCGGAGAGCUCAAAAAUCAAUAUCAACGAACUGCUCAGCACGCCCGUGACGACGCCGAACAGGGACAGCAUCGAAACACUCUCCGCUCUUGAGAUUGCCGAACAGUUGACGUAUAUUGAUCAUCAGAUAUUCAUCGCCAUUUCUAGCGAUGAAUUUUUGGGGCAAGCAUGGAUGAAAACUGAUAAAACAAGCAAAGCGCCUCAUAUUUUGUUGAUGACGAAACGAUUCAAUGAUGUAUCGCGUCUGGUUGCUUCCGAGAUCAUCCGGCGGCCAUCUUUGACUGGUAGAGUAGCCGCCAUUGAGAAAUGGGCGGCUGUUGCGGACAUAUCAAGAUGUCUGCAUAAUUUUAAUGGAGUUCUGCAGAUUUGUUCAGCGUUUACAAACAGUGCGGUGUUCAGAUUGAAGAAAACCUGGGAUAAAGUUUCAAAAACUACAAAACAAACAAUUGAAAAGCUACAAAACAUUGUGUCCUCUGACGGAAGAUUCCGGUCAUUAAGAGAUGCCCUCCAUCGAUGUGACCCACCUUGUAUCCCUUAUUUAGGGUUGUAUUUAACGGAUCUUAGUUUUAUUGAAGAAGGCACCCCGAAUUUUACCCAGGAUGGUCUCUUGAACUUUUCUAAAAUGAGAAUGAUUGCUCAUGUGAUCCGUGAGAUUCGCCACUUUCAACAAACCAACUACAAGAUUGAGUUGAUCCAGAAAGUGGCUAAUUACUUACUGGAUUGUUCCUUGCUCCUGGACGAUGAUGAAUUGUAUCAGAUUUCGCUGGAAAUCGAACCGCGCGCGUCCAGAUUAAGCAACGCAGGUCUCUAGCACCCGCAUCAAAGACUUUUCCCAUUUUAACACACCGUGUUUAACAAAUCAGCCAAAACCAAUCAAUUUUCUAACACAUAACACUUGAGAUUUUUCGCAUUCGAGCAACUUUUAAGGUUAGAUCAAUCAAAGCCUGACUAGACACGGCUCUAACCUUAAAGUAUUUAAAAAACGUUGACAAUCGGUUAAUAUAUGACGGGAUUAAAUGACUUUCACAAAAAAAAAACAUUUUUGAAACUUAUGAAACCAAUCUUUAACGAUACAACACCUUGUUGUUGAUAUACGAAUACGUAAUAGUUAUACAUUAUCGUAGAACAUUGUUUAGAGCAACUAUUGUGUCAAUUUCAUUGUUUCUGGGUUGUACAGAAUGGUUUUAAGGCGGUUUUGAGUUGGGGGUCGGUCCGCACUUGUUAUUGCGCGUAAAACAAACUG